GUUUAACGAAUUUUGUGUAUUUCGAGUUUAGUUUUUUGUUUUUUUUUUGAACGACCAUAUCUCUUGGGUUUCGAUAAGUGGCGACUAUCAGCAGUUAGAUUAAGUGUUGGCUUUAUCAGGCCGUUCGGGAGUCCAGUCGCCAUGGGCAGUCCACCGACAGCGGAGCCUAUUCCGCUCCCCAAUUGGAUUCCGGGUAACCAAACCCUCGCAGAGCGCCUGGGAUUGGGACUGAGCUCCGACUGGAACUGGAGUGGCACUCUGUUCCAGAGCUGGGAGUCGCUGCUCCUGAUCCUGGCCACCUUUUGGUGCGUCCUGCUGUCCCGAGUGGUGACCCAAAAGCUUCGACUUCAAGGCUCUCCCGAUCUCUGCUAUGCGGUGGAGUUCGUCCUGGUCAUCCUGCCCUGCAUUUUGCUCGUUACUGUGGCUGUGGAUUAUCUUCACUUCAUUGGAUUGGUGAUGGUGGUGGUGACUAUGUGGUUCCUGCGGAGGAGUAGGUUUCUGGAACGGGCUAGAACUCGCAGCCAGUUUGAUCUGGGUGGCAAUCGACCCAUGGUCUUGUCUGUGGUCCGAUCCUUAACCCACCUGAUCACCGCCAUCUGCAUUUUGGCCAUCGAUUUCGGCAGUUUCUAUCGGCCUUUCCGAAAGAGUCGGCAGUUUGGCGCCAAGUUGAUGGACACCGGAAUUGGGCUGUUUGUCUUUUCCAUGGCCGUGGUGUCGAGAAGGACUCGGCAUUUGUCCGAUCUUCGAAGGAGUGUGGUCUACUCGGCCCUGCCGCUCAUCCUUUUGGGAUUGGGCCGAACCGUUUCCAUUGUGACACUGGGAUAUGGUCAGGAUCCCCACGAAUACGGUCAGCACUUGAAUGCCUUCUUCACCCUGGGAUUAACCAAGGCUUUGGGAGCUCUGGUGAGCAUUUUGGCGCGAAAGGAUCUCUACUUGCUGCCUUUGGGAAUUGGUAUUUCGCUGAUCCACCAGUUUGGCCUAAGUGUCCUGGGUUUAUCCGAGUAUGUGUUGGACGAGGAUGUGGAACGCUCCAACUUGUUUAACUCAAAUCGCGAGGGCCUGAUUUCCCUGCCAGGAUUCGUGGCCAUUUACCUGAUCAAUAUCUAUGUGAAUCGCUGGCUGGUGGCCAACAGCCUGUUGAGCUACUCGGAGUUGGUCAGAAAGCUGAGAGUUCUCUUCCGCGUUGCCGCAGUUUUGUGGAUCUUGUUCGUCAUCAGUGCCUAUUGCAUCGGCAUCUCCAGAGUGACCUGCAAUUUGGGCUAUGUUAUAUGGAUAAUGGCCAUUGCCACCACCUUCUUGUGGGCCACCCUUGGAGCCAUCGACCUUGUGAUAAAUAGUGUAAUGCCCUGGGAAGCGAGUCGUUUGGAGGAGCAGGAAAAGGGGCUACUAACUGGGGAAACUGCUGCCAGGGAAAGGGAAAAAUCUAUCGCUCCUUUUACGAUCAACCAGGCUCUGAACCGGAAUGGAUUGACCUUCUUUCUGGUGGCCAAUGUCUUAACAGGUGGCGUUAACAUGCUUCUCAAGCCAGAAGAUCGCUCCGAUUUCGAGUCCGUGGUCAUCCUGCUGGUCUACAUGUUUCUCGCCACCAAAUUGGUCCAUGAAAUGCUUAAAAGGGGAAUUAGAAUAGCUUGAGUUUCAGCUUGGGUGUCCUGUGAUCUAAUUGAAUUUAAUUUAAUAUUUAAAUGCUACUAUUUAUGUAAUAUUUAUUCUAAAAGUUGGUAAACGUAACUUGGUGACUAACUAUAAUUGCUCCCUUUUAAAAAAAUACGUUAUCUAUAUCUUUAAUUGUUUGAUAAGCUUGUUUAACUUGCUCAGCAAUGGCAAAAAGAUUAAUCUUGAAUUUUGUUUAGUUGAUUAGGUGUCAUGUUGGACAGUUAGUUCUUUAUUUUAUUUGAUCGCAACCUUCGAUUGGAUUACUUUCUGAAAGUACCCCAAUUAAUUAAGUGCUUCUUAUCAUUUGACAGUAAUGACAGUCUUUAAUUUAUAGAUGAUUAUCAUUUCCUUAUAAAUAAUGUUUGCAAUAAAAGAAUUUACUCCACUGAAAA